AUCACACAGACUUUUCCAGCUUUGACGUCUCCGUCUAAUUUUGAUUUCUCUCUUCGACACUUGAAAAUCUGAAGUUAGAUACCAUCUCGUAGAUCGCGAAUCUCCUGGCGCUUUGUAACCCCCUCACGUUUUCAAAAGUUCAGAUUUUUGAAUCUUGGAUAAGGAAUCUGAUCAGAUAUGAACUGGGUUCAACGCAAAAUCUACCUUUACAAUGUGACAUUCGGGCUCUAUAUGCUUGAUUGGUGGGAACGAUACCUCUUCAAUGGUUUGGUGGUAGUCUUGAUGUGGUUCGUAGUAUACAACGGCACACGCUACUUUUCAGAACUCUUCAAGAGGCACUUGACAUGAAAGCUGGUCUUGUAUCUCACACGGUAGAGCAUGAAAUGCCUGGAACCUCCAAAGGCAUGCGCUUCAAUACCAGCAAAACCUUUAUGCUGCUUCACCUCCCUUUUCGGCAUCACCUCUGAUUUAUGAUAGAUUUCCUCCAAAGUUCGGCAUCACCUAGGAAUGUUCGCAUAUUUAUGUAUUAAUUGUUUUCAUGUUUUUGGAAUUAACAGAACUUAUAUUUAUAGACUAGUAAGAUCUCUCUCGUCUUUCCGUAGUAUUUCAAUCACUUCGAGACAUGUGACCAAACCAAACGCGUAGGAAUUUUUCAAGUGGUCGUGGUGUCUUUUGAGUCUUUUGUGACCAGUGAAUGCUACUCCAAUA